AUUUUGGUAAUCCAGUCUGGUUCGUUUUCAAAGAGAGACCAGACCAGUCCUGCCGAUGAUACAAAUUCCUUCUUCAACGAAAAUUGUCUCUCUGAGCAAAAACCCUAGAAAAUCCCAUUCUCCGUCGAUCAAAGCAAGACGAUGACUGGUCCCAACACUGUUUCUGAUUUAUUUUUCUGGGGUUUAGUGGUGUGAGUUAGCGAGGUGAUGAACAUCGUUCGGACAUUGACGAGAGCAAAGUCAAAGCACCGAACAUGUUUGAACGAGCCAAAGAGGAGAUCGAUGCUGUUAUUGGUGCUAUUCAUCAACGCAAGAGUUCCAGGGACGAAUCUGACAAGAUGGAAAUCAAAUCCGAGGAGAAACCGAAUAUGAUGAGAAAGGCCAAGGAAGAAAUCAAAUCUCUCUUCCAUUCCAAGGAGAAACCUCAUCGCCAUCAUCACCACAAAGAAACUCAUGGAAGGAGUGAUGAUAUCGACGAGAACACGCCUGUUAACGAAGUGAAGGCUCCCAAUGUUUUCGAGAGAGCCAAGGAAGAGAUCGAGGCCGUCGUUGAAACCAUUCAUCCCAGGAAGAAUGAGGCUGACGGUUCUGAUUCUCAAAAGCGUUCUCACUCUGUCUCACCUGAGAAGGAAAGAGCUGGACUCGGAUGCUCUCUUGGGAAGGGGCUUGAAAAGAUUUGUUCUCCUUGGGGUAGUAAUAAGAAAGACUGAAUCAUUCGUACGAUUGAUGAUGAUCAUGAACUUGUUUGCUAGCUGUUGUGAUAAGAGAUUUGGUUUGAGUUUUCAGUGAGUUUGUUGAUUUUUUAGGUACUCUGAAUUGUUACCUUAACAGACCAAAUCUUGUUUUGUAGAUGAGAUGUUACGCGUAUAACUCUGUUCCUACAAAAUCUUAAUA